GUCCUUCUCGUCCUCGCACUAAGCCCGCAGCGUCGUGCUUUCUGACCCAAACGACGACGCGUAAGCGGCUCACCUCGGGAGCAUAUGAACCGAUACCUUCCCCGCGUUCGGCCAACCUAACUUCGUGCUGCAGCAGGUGUAACGUAUUUAUGCCCAUUGCCCCCCGCGUGCGGGCUGGCAUCGCAUGUGGUCCUCUCCCAGGUGGGUGGGCGAGGUCGUGUUCCCCAUGACGCGCUCUGGAACGACCCGCGGAGCAGAUUCCCAAAUAACCCUCUUCUGGCUAGCCAACACGAUCACUUCAUGGUUUCCAUGCGGCAUCGAGCGCCCUCUGGCCGAAGGCCUUGGGAGGAAUGCGUCCCAUGCCAGGGGCCGGGACGGACAAAGCACCACCGACGAAAGCUCAUCUCCGGACGUGUUACACGGUGUUUUUUCUCGUUGCAUUCGUCCCACUGGCGCUCAGGGAAGCUUCCCAGCCGUAGCCGUAUAUACUGUGUGGAGGAACGUCUUGGAAUGCGAUGUCGUCACAUUUACUUCCUUGGGUGGACCCUUGUGCUCAACGAGCAUCGGAGGGCUGAGCUGUUGGAUCCACUCCAUCUUAGUUAAAUAGCCGGGCUUGGCGGUAGCUGCGUUUUCUCUGAGCUCCCCUCCCCGCCUCUCAGCUCCCCACCUCUGACGACUCGCCUACCGCUCGCCGCCAAUGUCUCCACUGUCACUGCCGAAUAACAUGGGUCCUCAACGCCGCAACGUUCGACGCAAGCCCGUCCCGAGGCUCUCCCCUGAUACAACCACCGCCCCUUCUCUACCAGCGCGAGGGAUCCAAAGGCUUUCGCUCACCAUCAAUAUUAAUAAGGAGGUCCCGCCGCUCCCCGUUGAGUGGUCUGAUACAAUGGAGCAUGCGUCUACGCACGACAAACGGCAUGCAGUGUAUCUGCGUAACUCGCUCCCGCCCGAGCUACCACCGAAGGACGACGAAUCGGUUGCUGGCAGCCGACCGGAAUCGCCUAACUCGACGCUGGUGGAGGAGCUGGAGGUCCAGGAAGGCUCCACUCCCGUCCUAUCGCCACAGUCAGAGUCCUUGCCGGUACAGAGUGUCGAGUGCACUCUCCCGCAACCGACGCCGGACGUCCGCAGACGAGCGAGCCAAAAAUCACUGCCGAAGAUCUAUCGACCGCCCACUCCGCCAAUCCCGGCACAGUACCCAAAACUGCGAUCUGGUGGUCAUUCCAGGGCGAGCUCGCAGGAUAGCCAAACACAUAUUAUCUACAACGGACAUGUGUCCGCAGAGCAGCGGGAUUCCGCACCGCCCUCGUCCACGCUUACUAGCUGGCCUGGCAGGCUAGGAACCGACGUCUCAGUAACCGCUCACUCUCUUGAGUCACGUAGUAACGUCCUUUCUUUCGCUGGCAGCAAAGACUUGCCCCCACGGCGUGGCGGAACAUCCCCUCAUGUCCGUCGCCAGAGCGCAGGCUCGAUGUCGACAGGCAACAGGUCGUCAACGGGGAGGUCUCAAUUUACUUGUCAUAGCAUGUGCUCCGGCAUGUGGUACGCCCUGAAAAGGUUGGGCCUUCAUCUUCGGGUAAAGGUGGGCCACAACACCAAAUAUUAAAUGUUCGUGUCACGCUUCCCUUCCUGGUCCUGGGUUUUCGGUGCUGUCGACUGCUAUCGUUAUUUUUGUCGUUACGAGAUUAUGCUUUGACUUUUGACAUGAUCCAUGCACAUGAACAUGUAACCUAGGCCUAGUUGUAUUACCUACCAUGGUGUUUUCUCUGUGCUCCCACUGUACUUACAUGAGCGUUGACACAAAAUGUAUUGC